AUGCUACUGAUUUCCCUCCUUUUGUUGGCUGGGCUGCAGCUGCCCAUCAGCUCAGCUUCCACGCUGAGUCCUCGAAUCGACAACGGUGUUGCAAAGACACCUCCCAUGGGGUGGAAUACAUAUAACCACUACUCGUGCUCCCCGAACGAGAGUAUAGUUCACUCCAAUGCGAAAGCACUAGUGGAUCUGGGACUUGCUCCACUCGGCUAUCGCUAUGUCACUACCGAUUGUGGCUGGACAGUACUGGACCGAACAUCUGAUGGCUCUUUGACUUGGAACCAUACGUUGUUUCCUAGCGGAUUUCCUGCACUGGGGCAAUUCAUUCACAGUUUAGGUCUUUUUUUCGGAGUGUACGAGGAUGCCGGAAUUAGAUCUUGUCAGACCACUAUUCCACAGGCUGGAAGUUUGUACCAUGAACCACAUGAUGCAGCGACGUUUGCUUCUUGGCAAGUCGAUUCCCUCAAGUCUGGAUACCCCGAUGCGGAUUACACCCCUAGCACAUCGCCGAGAUUCCGAUAUGCCAACAUGACCAAAGCACUGGCAGCUCAGAAUCGCUCCAUGUUGUUCCAAAUUUGUGACUGGGGUGUCGACUUCCCUGCACUUUGGGCUCCAACCCUGGGCAAUACAUGGCGUAUCAGUAACGACAUCAUUCCAGACUGGAGGACCAUCUUCCGGAUCCUUAAUCAAGCCGUCCCGUCGACUUCAUUUGCAGGACCAGGGCAAUGGCCUGACCUGGACAUGCUUGAGGUUGGAAAUGAUGUCUUUACAACUCCAGAAGAGCAGACUCAUUUCUCGAUGUGGGCUAUUCUGAAGAGCCCGCUUACUAUCGGUGCGGCUCUGAAAGAUGAUUUGACUGCUAUCAGCGAUGCCUCCUUGGAGGUCUUAUCGAACAAGGAUGUUAUCAGCUUUAAUCAGGAUUCUCUGGCGCAGAGUGCGAACCUCCGUCGACGCUGGUCCGAGGCUGGAUACGAGGUUUGGAGUGGACCAUUAUCCGAGGGCCGGACGGUGGCUGCAUUGAUUAACUGGGCCAAUGAACCUAGGGAAUUGUCAUUGAAUCUACCCGAUAUUGGGCUGCAGCAUGCAAAGAUAGUCAAGAAUAUAUGGGCGAACGAAACGUUGAGUAAUGUCCGCACAACUUAUUCGGCUACUGUGGAUGCUCAUGGUGUUAUGUUGUUGGAGCUGGAAGAUGCUACAGAGGCAGGGCUUUAUCCAAGCAGCCUCUUUGCCACUUCAAAAGGCCACACUACAACUUUCAAGAAUGUGUAUGCAAACACCACAAGCAGCAACUAUACCAUCACUAUUUCUUUAUCCAAAUCUACUGGAACUUCAACCAAAGUUAUUCUGCAAAGCUCUUCAAGCUCGCAGAGGAAACAGGUUAAUGUGCCAGCGUCCAAGCGCAGCGUUUCGUCAACCAUUUCCUUGACAGCCGGAUCUACGAACCAGAUCUCAAUCGAUUCUCUCGAGCCCAUCGAUUCUAUUCAAAUAACCUCCCCACAGGGCAAGUACUAUCCUUGUACUGCAUUUUCUCUCUCCGGCUCUGCAGAGCUCGAAAAGUGCGGCGCGGGAUUCUGCCACCCUGUUGGCUCAAAGAUCGGCUAUAUCAAUGCCACCAAUACCGCACGAGCCAUCAUUCCAGCUAAUGUGCUGCACUCUGGCACUUCAUCCAAGUAUCUUGAGCUGGAUUACAUUAACAAUGACAUUGCCUUCUCCACUUCAUGGGGUUGGGGUUCGAACUCGAGGAAUAUCACUGUGUCUGUCAAUGACGGAACUCCUGUUCGACUUGAGGUGCCUCUCAGUGGACGCCACAGCGAACUUUUUGGGCCUGGGCUGGGAUGGUGGGAUAGUGCAACCCUGGGUCUUUUGGUUGAUGGAUGGAAGGACGGGGAUAACGAAGUGGUUGUUGGGAAUGAGGGCAUCAUCGAUGGGUUUACAUCUUGGGCUGCCGAUUUUGUGGGCUUGCGUUUGUAUGAUUGA